AUGCCCAUCCAGCCAUCCAUCAACCGUGGGGACAGGGAAGAGCCGACUGGCUGUUUUGCCUUCAGCCCACUCUGCAGGGGCGUGUCGCAUCAAUUGGCUUCAACAGGCCUGACGGGGCUGGACAGGCAGGGCAAGCAGCGAAGCGAGCAAAGGCAGCUAGCAGAGGCGGCAGAGGAGGCAGAAGAGGACGGUAGCCAGACGUGCCAGACUCCUCACAUGAUAGACUAUCUACUGCACGGUGGCCACGGCAUCGAAGAAAGAGGGAUGCUCGAACAUCGCAAGCAUUGCAUAACCCUGUUCGGCAUCGGCACCUCGUGGUGGGAGAAGGAAAGGCAGGGCACCACUACCACAGUACCAAUCCAGACUCUCUCCUGA